AUGGCCAACCCCAGCGCUGAGCAGGACGAGGCGCACAGCCCCGCCUCCGGUGACAGUGAUGUCGGAGAGGAGGUAACCAUACUCGUGGAUGAAGAGGCAACAGAGCGCGACUCAGCAUAUGGAGAUGAGAUAUCUGCCUAUACGGCGUCCCUUACGUCGUCGGUGAAUACGUUCAUGAUGCAAUACGGCCGUAUUUAUCACACGUUUCGGGAUCAGAAGAGCAACAUGUUGCCCAGCGACGAGCAGGAAUUCAAGAGGCUGGAUCUCCAUCACGCAUUGAUGCUUUGGCUUCUCGGGAGUCGCCUUCAUUUUGCUCCCAUCGGAUCACAACCCCAGAGAGUGCUUGAUCUCGCCGAUCAGUAUCCCACGGCAGAAGUCAUUGGAACCGACCUCACUCCUAUACAGCCGAAUUUCGUGCCCCCGAAUCUGAAAUUCAUCAUUGACGAUUUUGAGGAGGAAUGGGCAUACGAGCACGUACCAUUUGAUUAUGUUCAUGGGCGAUACCUGGCGUCUUCUGUUCGAGAUUGGCCGCGCCUGGUGCAACAAUCUUUUCAGAACCUGAAGCCCGGCGGGUGGGCUGAGUUCCAAGACUGGGACACGAAGAUGUAUUCAAAGGAUGAUUCGUUGCCUGAAGAAUCAGCCCUCUACAAAUUUCAUCACUACACCUGUGGCCGCCGGACUGCCGCAGGCUACGAUUCUCAGCCUGGUCCAAAGCUCGAGGGUUGGCUUCGAGAUGCCGGCUUCAUCAAUGUACAUGUGGUGAAACUACCUAUUCCGCUGGGCACGUGGCCUAAGGACACCACAUACAAGCAAGUUGGAAUCUGCAAUUACCUUCAGUUCCAAGCGGGCAUGGAAGGCAUUGCAAUUGGGUGCCUCGUGAGGACUGAGCCCGACCCAUGGUCGAUUGAAGAGGUGCAGGCGUUGCUCGCCGAGGCGAGGAGAGACAUGAGGAACCCGAAGAUUCACGGGCAGUAUGACUUGUAA